UGGCGUUUUUCACUCUAUUAUUUCUUCGUGUUCGGCGGCUUUGUUGCGCUGGCGCUUUGGCUACCGCACUAUUACGUCGAUGUAUACGGUUUGGAUAUCGUCAAGGCUGGGUGGCUUGGCGCAGCCUAUUCCAUUCCCGGUUCGUUGUUCCGGAUCCUUGGCGGCAAACUCUCGGAUACAUACGGCGCGCGCCGGGUCAUGUAUUGGACUUUUGCAGGUUCUUCGGUCGCGCUCUUCUUCCUUGCCUAUCCGGCAACCCACUAUGUGGUGAACGGAAUUGACGGGCCGAUUGAGUUUGACAUUGCUGUAGGCUUCUUACCAUUCAUGGUUUUGACCUUUGUCCUCGGCUUUUUCAUGAGCCUCGGCAAAGCCGCAGUCUACAAGCACAUUCCGGUCUACUAUCCAGGCCGUGUUGGCGCGGUAGGUGGCAUUGUUGGACUUAUUGGCGGACUGGGCGGGUUCAUCCUCCCGAUCGCGUUUGGCUAUCUCAAUGACGUGAUCGGAAUCUGGACCAGUUGUUUCAUGCUCCUGUUCCUGAUCUCAACAAUUAGCCUCGUCUGGAUGCAUUUUGCCAUUCGUGAAAUGGAAAAAAAUUCCCAUCCCGAACUACGACGUCCGCACGAUUUGCCUGAACUUGCUUCCACGAGGCUUGCACCAUCCGGAGAAGCUGGGCUGGCAGCCAAGGGGGCUUCCUACCUGCAGCGAUGGGAACCGGAAAAUGAGGCGUUCUGGAAUGAUACCGGCAAGGGUAUCGCCUACCGGACGCUGAUCAUCACAACGCUCAAUCUGACCAUGGCAUUUAUCCUGUGGUUCGUGGUUUCAGCACUUGUGGUGCGGUUGCCACAGAUCGGCUUCAAGCUGUCGACCGGGCAAUUGUUCUGGCUGGCAGCCAUGCCGGGUCUGGCUGGCGGAUCUCUGCGCCUCAUCCACAUGUUCCUGACGCCGAUGUAUGGGACAAGAACGGUCGUGAGCCUGUCGACGCUCUCACUCCUGAUCCCAGCAGUCGGCUGGUUUUAUGCUGUCCAAGACAUCAACACGCCUUACUGGUGGCUGAUGUUCCUGGCUUUCCUCGCCGGCCUUGGCGGCGGAAACUUCUCAUCCUUCAUGCCGUCCACCAGUCUGUUCUUCCCCAAGCGGAUGCAGGGAACAGCGCUCGCCAUUCAGGCGGGCAUCGGAAACUUCGGCGUCUCGGUUGUCCAGUUCUUGACCCCUUGGGUGAUCUCGUUCGCACUUAUGGGCAGCGCGGCUUUUAUGGGCGGAUCGCAGACCCUGACGAAGGGUGCCGUCACCAGUCAGGUUUGGCUGCAAAACGCCACCGCAAUUUACAUUCCCUUCAUCGUCGUUUUUGGCAUCACUGGCUGGCUCAUGCUG